UAUAUCUCGCUCGAGAAGAUGGUCAAACUGAUGCAAGCCCAUUGGUUCCCGCUGUCGUCGCAGGGCAACAUUUACACUCUGACAUUUUUGCAAUCGUGCAAGGGAUCGGCCAAGAUACUUGUUGCAUGUUUGAAUCGUAAAAUUUAUUCCUGCGAGUAUCACAAGCACUCCGAAUGGCACAUAAAACCGCUCGUGAAAGAGUUACUUUUCACUUAUAUCCCAUCUGGAGCAGAAAUUAUUGCAAUCGAUGCUUAUAACAAAUCAACGACUGCGGAUGAAUUUGUUAUUGGAAUAAGUAUAAUUAAACCAACAGGAGAGACUUGCAUGGAACGAUACUUAAAUAUAUAUUCGGAAGGUGCUGUUGAUGGAGAUGAUAGUAUAACCAGUUUGGAAUCGAUAGCUCAGAGUUGUUUAAUGGUUGAGUUAUCCUACACUCCAUACUUACUUUAUCACACAAUUAUUCCAAAAUCUCCUGAUAAAGAGAUAGUGUGGCUAAUAUCUGGAAGCGAUUAUAAAAUUCAUGGAGUUCGUGAAGAUAAACAGAAUCAUAGUUAUACUGAGUUUCAAUUGGACAAAUUUUUCCCAGAAUUGGAUCAGUUAAAAGCAAUUGCAUUAUGGAUUGAUAUAUACUAUUACGAUGAUUUCCAGUGGAGAUUAACAGCUAUUUCAUGUGAAUGUGGUUUAUUGAAACUGGCUAAAGUCAAUGUAGAUAGUUUAGAAAUAAUUCAAAAAUGGUCUUUGCGAUAUGAUAAUCCAGUCAGUAGCGUACGCAUAUUUCCUAAUAAAUUUGGAGUACAGUUACCGGCAUGUCUAAACGUUAGAUCCAAUGAACUUAAUGUUAAGAAGGAUAAUAAAAUAAAUGUGAUGUUGACUAGUGGAAACAAAGCAGUUGUGUUUCAAAAUAUUUUGCAUAACCAGCUUGAUUCGGAUAUAACUCUUGGUGGUAAUGAAUCAACUUCUGAUUUUAUUGUUUGCUCUUGCAUCGCAGAUAUAAAUAUGGAUGGUAAAAAUGAAAUCUUGCUGGGCACAUAUAAACAAGAAGUUCUUAUAUAUGAAUCAAUCAAUGAUACCUGGAAAUUAACAGACAAAAAACUUUUUGAUGCUCCAGUUCACUCUAUAAAAUAUUUAGAUUUAGCUGGAGAUGGAGUAAAAGUUUUGGUCAUUCAAACACAGCGAAGUGUUCACAUAUUACAGCAUGAUCCACAAGAAACAAUGAAUUUAUGGUCAGAGCGAUUCUCAAAGCUAGUUUCUUUACUUGAUGCUAGAUAAUAAAUCAAAAAUAUUGUUGUUAAAUCAAAAGGAAUAAAAUUGUAAACUAUAUGAAUGUUGAUUUAUGCUAAUUUUUAUAUUUUACA